AUGCUCCCUCCUGUGCCCGUCGUUAUUGGAGUUUUUGCAGGAGUUGCUGCUCUGGUAAACUGGUCUUUCAUUAAGGAAGUCUGUAAUAAGAUGUGGAUCAACUUCAAUGAAGAAGGACUGAAGAAAGACAUUCAAGCAAAGCUUUUCGGGCAGCAUGUCGCUGCUCAGGUCAUCCUGAAAGCCGUCACAGGCUUCAUAGAGAGUAAGAACCCAAAGAAACCGCUGGUUCUGUCCCUCCACGGCUCGACCGGGACCGGGAAGAACUUCGUGAGCCAACUUAUAGCAGAAAAUAUUUACAAGAACAAGAUGAGGAGCAACUUCGUUCACCUGUUUACAGCGACAGCACACUUUCCUCACAAGGCUCACAUUGACACGUACAAGAUCCAGUUACCAGAGUGGAUACGAGGGAAUGUUUCCAUCUGCCCGCGUUCACUGUUCAUCUUUGAUGAAAUGGAUAAAAUGCAUCCCGGGCUGAUCGACAGUAUUAAACCUUACCUGGACUUCUACGACAACCUGAACGGAGUGUCGUACAGACAGGCCAUCUUCAUCUUCCUCAGCAAUGCUGGGAGUGCGAUGAUCAGCGAGGUGGUUAUGAAAUUCUGGAGGGAUGGUAGAGAACGAGAGGAGAUCCAGCUGAAGGAUCUAGAGACGGAACUUUCACAGUCUGUCUUUAACAACAAAACCAGUGGUUUCUGGCACACUAGUUUAAUCGAUAAAAAAAUGGUGGAUUUCGUGUCCCAGAUAAAAAUGUGGUUAAAAAGAUGGCUGAUGACCUAAUCUUCUUCCCUAAAGAGGAGCAUGUCUUCUCGGACCAGGGCUGCAAGCACAUUGCUAACAAAUUGUACUUCUAUACUUAACACACAGAAAAAGCAUUUCCAAUCUGUCAUUCUUCAUCAUUUAAAUUAAAGAUGUAUAUGUAACACACAUGCAUGGGCCUUAUGUAGGCUUCCCUCACUCAACAUUGGUUGACUUUUAAUUAGUUGAACUAACAAACUAACAAACUGGGAUUGUUUUUAUCAAAGUAUUAUAUUCCUUUGACAGACCUGAACCAUCAUAUUUGCUCAUAAGUUACCAGAAUCAUCAAAUAUAUACAGAAUACAAUUAAUGGAAGGAAGAAGAAUUACAGUCUAUAGUUCAAGUGGCGGAAUUAAUAACUCAAUGACUUAUUCAGACAUUUACCGCCAACUGCUGACAGUUUUAGUUUCUUAUUUAGAGGACAAUUUCAUUUAUUUAAAAAA